AUGGCCAUAACAUCUCCGAGAGUCUUUCGCUCCAUUUUCAUAGUUUUGUCCGCUCUAUUUGGGUUUGCGACAUUAUUGCGACUUCCAGGCAAUCUGACUCCUCUGGGCGACUUUAAUUCUUACUUCGACGGCCUGUCCGGGAAGCAAUUUAACUGGUCUCGAUUUGCAUACACCCAAUAUGCUACCGACAGAUCUUAUCUGUGCAACUCGCUCAUGAUUUUUGAGGCUCUUCAACGUCUUGGAAGUAAAGCCGAUCGCUUGUUGAUGUACCCACACAAUUUCCUCUUGUCUGAGAACGAUGUUUCACCUGAAGCUCGCUUACUUCGCUUCGCAAGGGACAAAUACGCAGUCAAACUCAAGCCAAUCGAAGUGAUGAUGAAGGAUGGGGGAGGUGGUAAGUCAUCUUAA